GUGGUGCUUGUAAGUAUUUUUCUUCUCUUCAAAAUUCAAAGACUUGAUGUAAAAAGUUCUUGAAUGGACAACAGAUUUCAUAUUUCUUGCUUGAAGAAUUCAGCUACAUUACAGAUGAAGAAAGAUGAUGGCUUGGAGGGUAAAGGUCUCCCUUAUCCAUUCUGCAAUGGCUUCCAGUGCCUGAGUUCAGCCUGUGUUGAAGCUGGGACAUCCGCACUCAUAGCAACCCAAGAAACACCCCUUUCUGGCUCGGGUUGGCUAAAUGUUGAAUUGUGGGGUUUCUGUGGGUUUUAUAGGUUGGAGCAUAGAGAGAGUAUUUUGCAGGGGAAGAAGCAGGCUUUAGGAGGACUGUUAUUCGGGGAUGACAUUGGCACCACCUCUGGUGCUACCAUCUCUUUGCAGUCACCCCAGCUUAGUGGCACAACUUGGUUUAAACUUUCAGCCAUUCAGCUAGGGAGAAGAAGGGAACUUAUAUCAGCUGCAUUGCUAUAUGUACUUGGCACUUUGAUAACAGCCCUCGCUCCAGACCUGGGUGUUCUCUUAGCAGGACGGCUACUCUAUGGCCUUGGUAUUGGCUUGGUGAGCUUCAAGAAACUUACCACCAUUGCUUAUGUGCUUUCCUCUAAAGCACUGUCAUCAUUUAAUGUUCACAUGCCAUACAUGGGGCUCCCCUCUACAUUGCAUAAACUUGCCCUUCUCAAGUACUUGGGAUAUUUUGUAGGAAACUUUCAAAUUAACGCCAUUGGAGGAUGGCCUUACAUGUAUGGAUUCAGUGCCCAAGUAGCAUUACUUAUGGGAGUUGGCAUGUGGAGUCUUCCACCAUCACCAUGCUUGUUACUUCUUAGGGCAGUUCAGGGUAAAGGACCUUUACUACAGUACAAAAAGGAGGCCACCCUUGCACUAAGCAAAUUGAGGGGCUGGUCUCCCAAUGAUGAAGCCUCUGAGAGUUAAAUAGAAGAUACCCUCAUCUCAGUAAAGUCUACUAAUGUGGAAAAGGAAUCUGAGGGGAAUUUCCUGGAGAUAUUUCAGGGGCCAAGUUUGAAGGCUUUUAUAAUUGGUGGUGGUUUGGUUCUCUUUCAACAGGUAUUUCUCAUUUU